CUCUUCUGCCGCCCUAUACAUCACUUGCUGGUCCGGGACUUGAUUGAUGAUUAUUAUUAUUACUAUUACUACUCCGUAUUAUUAUUAUUGACGAUUUCCGGGACGGCGAUUCCCCUGGCGCAGUGGGUCUUCCCGUCGUCGACCUCCGUUCCUUUUCCUUUUCCAACUGCGGCGGAUCGCAAUCUGUCCAUCCCACGCCACGUCUUCUGCCUGUCCCCCAGGUACUCCCCGUGCUGGAACGUCUUUGCCCGGUCCUCGCUCUUGCAUUUUUUUUUAAUCCGCCCUCUGGUAUCCUCAAUCCAAGGCCUACGAAUUUUGGCUUGCUCAGAGAAGGUUUACAAUUGAAUUGGCAGAAUGUUUGAGGUUCUCUAAAGCAGCACAGACGCAGCUCUGGGAAUCGACAAGCCGACAACUAUGGAGGGACUUUUUACUCUGCUCGCUUUGAGCAUUGUGAUGGCCAUUACAUCUUUCGUCGUUGGCUCAUUACCGCUCGCUUUUACUCUAUCGCCCUCGCAACUUCGACUCAUAUCUUCAAUUGGAAUGGGAGUCUUGGUGGGAACAUCCUUGAUUGUUAUAAUCCCCGAAGGAGUGGAAACACUAUAUAGCGCGAACUCAAUCAGUCGCCAGAAAGAGCUCAGCACUCGUUCGGCAUCGGCAGUGCAUUGGCAGCAUUCGGCCAUCCCGGCCGUUAUCCCGAAUGAAAUCCCGACCCUGGACGGCCAUUCCGAUCAGUUCCUGCACGCCUCGUUACCGCCUUCACAGUCAUCGGCCGAUGACUCGACUACGAUUCACGUCACCCGAGAGCAUUUGCAGCGGCGUAAGGAGAGUUCGUCCGAUGGUGACACAGACCACGACCACGACCACGACCAUGAAGAAAGCUCACCGCACGCUUGGAUUGGCAUCGCGCUUAUCAGUGGUUUCAUUCUGAUGUAUCUGAUCGACAAGUUGCCGGAAUUCGCAACUCCAUCCAAACAACAAAGACCACCCCAUCAUAUUUCCUUGGAUAAUUUGGGAUCUGGUCUGCGACGGAAUUCGUCCCCCUCGCGCGAAGGGGGUCUGUUAGAUGCCGGAAAUAUUCCUCGAAGCAGCCACAGCUUCGCCACAACCACGGGACUGGUCAUCCAUGCGGCUGCCGACGGAAUUGCUCUGGGGGCGUCCAGCUCCGAUGCCGGCCUGAGCUUUAUCAUUUUCUUGGCCAUCAUGGUUCACAAAGCGCCGGCUUCUUUUGGAUUGACAUCAGUGCUGCUCAAGCAAGGGCUUUCUAGCCGCGCUGCGAGGGCUCAUUUGUUGGUUUUCAGUCUAGCCGCGCCUGUGGGUGCUCUGAUGACGUUUCUCUUUGUACAAGUCAUGGGCGCUGGAUCUAGCGGUGACGAAACGGGCACCCGGUGGCGCACCGGAGUGCUUCUCCUAUUCUCGGCGGGUACCUUUUUAUAUGUUGCCAUGCACACGAUGCAGGAGAACAGUCCCAACUCUGGUGCUCGCGAGGUACAGGUGAACGGAUAUGGCGAUCCCCGAGACCUGCCAUCUUCAUCUGAAAAGUCGAUGAGAGACUUGAUAGCCUCCGUCAUUGGCAUGAUCCUGCCGCUGUUUCUGCAGAUAGGCCAUGCCCACUGAAGCUCUAUAUAUACCUUGCUCUUGCUGUUUUUGGUUUUAUUUUCGUUCAUCUAUUUAUCUAUUGUAUUUGAAGAAUCUCUUUUUUCUGGUCGAGUUCUGAGUUGAGCAUUUUUGGAUUUUGCACCAAGAUUUCUGUUUAGACGUGUACAUUGAGUCAUGUGAACACGACGGGGUGGAAGCGAAGCCAUCUGGUUGAGGCUGUGCCCAGCAUGACGAGGGCAUACGUUUUGCUGUGGUCAUAGAAUACCUUGGGUGAUGUUGGACGAUUGCUUUUGAGGAAUCCUGUCUUGUACUAUUGUAGACAACGCCAUUAG